GACAUCAAUAACGCACACACACACACACACACACACACACAUAUGUCUAAUAGGCUACUUAUAAACGCACAGACCUCCCCGAGCGCGCGACACACGCUCCAAUAAGCACAUCUAGGACCAUUUCCCUCAAUAUGAGAGAGGAGAGUAAGACGUGGAGGGGGUGACAGGAGUGUGUGGUGGGUGAACCCUGGCCGUGAUCUUGUAGCACAUCACAGUGAGGCAGACUUUUAAUCUUGUGUGGAUUCUGUCAUUACCCGCCAUCAUUCAUACACACAUGAAGGAGUUUCUCUCUUUUUUGUUUUUGGCGGUGUUGGUUUGCGACAAGUUGCUGGCGUCGGGCUCACUGUGGGAGAAAUAGAUAGAGGAGCAGACAGGCAGGCAGGCGGGCGGGCAGGCAGGCAGGCAGGCGAGCGCUCGUCCAAACCGGAGGGGAGGGGGAGACGCAUUCUCCCCGAGUACACACACAAGCAGCGGCCACAUCCUCUGUAGACAAAUCCGUGCUCAGUGACGUGUUUUCUAUUAGCCCUUUUUUAUAUGCACGUUCAAGCUGAUUUUUUUUUUCCUUAAUCUGUCAAUGAGAAUCCAGUCUCUUGUGCGCUUCUUAUUAACAUCAACUCGAAUCACCCCCCUUUCUGUUUAUUUAUUUUAGCCUCGGUCGAGCCGUUAUUUAGCCCGUCCACCGUCUACCCCGUCCUCUUUUUUUCCCUCCAUCUCCUUCUCUUUGGGAGUGCGACGCGCUGCGAAUCCCUGAAAUAAAAACAAAGCCUGCAGCUGCAGAGCAGCGACCAUGGCACCAGUUUUCUGCUAACAGAGGACGGACGGAGCGCGGGACAACCGUCCAAGCCACAACCUCCAUCAGCAAUAGCUUUAAAGCUUUCCAGUGAGAAAGAAAGAAAAACCGAGAACAAAGAGAAAGAGGCCAAAGAGAGAAAAAGUGUGCAAAAAGGAGAGAAGGGAGCAGGUGAAAACAGUCGAUGGAUGCUGUCCGGAUUGAGGGGGCAGCACGUUCUUCACUGACGAGGAAAAGAAAGAUUUCAAAAUUGAGUCGAAGGAUAGAAACUCGCCGUCAGGCAUGGUGUGUGAGAAGGGGAUCCAGAUCCUUCUCACCACCGUGGGGGCAUUCGCUGCCUUCGGCCUGAUGACGGUGGCAAUAGGGACGGAUUACUGGCUGUACUCCCGUGCCCUCAUCUGCAACAGCACAGCCAACGUCACCCAGGAGGACCCCCAUAACAAGGACAAGAAGGAUCCUGGGGCGCUCACCCACUCUGGACUGUGGAGGAUAUGCUGCUUGGAAGGAGUAAAGCGAGGAGUGUGUUCACAGAUCAACCACUUCCCAGAGGACGCAGACUUUGACCAUGAUGGAGCAGAGUACGUCCUACGAGUAGUCCGGGCUUCCAACAUCUUCCCGAUCCUCAGUGCCAUCCUGCUGCUAAUGGGAGGGGUUUGCAUCGCUGCUAGUCGUUUCUAUAAGAGCAAAAGGAACAUCAUCCUGGGCGCAGGAAUUCUUUUUGUAGCUGCAGGUCUGAGUAACAUAAUUGGUGUGAUUGUGUACAUUUCGGCUGCACUGGGGGACAUCUCUCCUAAGAAGGACGAGGAUAAGAAGUGGCAGUACUCCUACGGUUGGUCCUUUUACUUUGGAGGCCUCUCCUUCAUCAUGGCUGAGAUGGUGGGGGUGCUGGCUGUCAACAUCUACAUCGAGAAGAACAAGGAGCUGCGCUGCCGCUCGCGCACCGACAUUUUCAAGAGCACCACACACGCCAUGCUCCGCCUGCCCAGCUACCGCUUCCGCCGCCGCUCCCGUUCCUCGUCUCGCUCCACUGACCCCUCCCGCUCCCGAGACCCCUCACCUGUAGGGGGAGGUGGGGGCAAGAACUUUGGCCUGCCCCCCUCUGCGCUGCUUUCCCAGGGCCCCAUCUCAGUGUCCACUUUACCAAACCCACACUCUCGCUCCCACACGGCCCUGGCUGGAGGCGACAUCUCCCUCUACACAUUGUCCCGCGACCCCAAAUUGGGGGGUUUGCCGCCCAUGUAUGGAACGGUGGACAGGGCCACGCUCUACCAACUUCACAACUGCUUCCCAAAGGAUGGAGGGGGAGGGGGAGGGGUGAUGAUGAGUGGCACACUUCCAUCGCUUAAAUCCCACAACCCUUCCAAUUCUUCCAACUCCAAUGUGCCGAUGCCCAACUCGGUGGGCUCUGGCCCUCCACCUUUCACCUCAUCCACAGUAGACAGGGAGCGAGGGAUGGGGACUCUGGACAGGCUGAAGGGAGACAGGGAGAGCAACUCUAACACCCUCAAUAGAAAGACAACACCUGUGUAGAGAGAGGUUGGGGGGAGGGGGGUAAGAGACAAGGGAGAGGAUGAGGAUGGGUAGCAAUGAUGAAAGAGGAAAGACAGAGAAGAGCUCUGUGUUUGUGUGAGUCAAGAGGAACAAGACAGACAGACAGACAGACAGACAGACAGGUGAAAUGCUAUAUCUCUCCCUCCAUGUUCACUGUUAUUUAGUCUGCUCAAUCUCACUGAGAACAAAAAGAAGAUGAGUAAUAACAGAGUGAUAAUAACAACAACAAUGAACUUUCACAAUAAAACUAUUUUGAUAUUUUAAUGUGCUAGAAAUGAUUUAUUUUGUUAAUGAUCAAACGCAAUUAAUCUUGGGCUAUUAUGAAAAUGUUUCCCAUGUUUUUUUGUGCAAUAUUACUGCUAAUUUAACCAGAUCAUCAUUAAUGUAAAAUUGUUGUUGUGAUUAUUCUUAGCGUUAUUACAAGUUAGCAGCAUUUGCAAACACUACAGUUUGGAAUGAAAUUUUAAUUUCUAUGUUCUUUUCACUCUAAUUUUAGAUCUCAACGACUUUUACUGUGAAUUUCUUCCAUACAGAGCCACUGGGACUGUCAGUGAGCUGUGUGCGACCGUCUCAAAGUGUCCAACAUGAGUGUACACAACACGCGGGAAAAUGAGGGCCUGUAUUAUUUUUGAAAACCCACGUUAUUUAAUUUUUUGUUUAUAACAUGAAGUCAGAUUUGAAUACUGUAAAUUGUCUUCCAAUAUUGAUACUGAAAGAAAUGCAACAAUAAUGUGAGUGACUGAGGUAACUGUCCGACUUCAUUGUUAUUAUGAGUCUGAAUUUUCUAUGGGCCUCUGUUAGUCUCAUUUCCAUUCUGAUCAUUGUUAACAGUAGUACUUGUAGCUAUAGUCGUGUUGAAGAUGUUUGUUCUUGGGCAUUAACAGAAACCUCUGACUGAAGGAGGCAGAAAAAAAGAGACAUAGAAUAAUACAUUUGUACAGAUUCAGGUGAAGGUUACCACCUGAGCAGAAAAACAAAACAACCUAAUAAUUUUUUCUAUGAGUCCCAAAGUGAGACAUGCAACUCAUCAUUUUCAGUGGCAAAGAAAAAAAAAUAGAAUAAAUACAAUAUGUAUAUGUGGGUUGAGUGGGUUUAAAAAAAAAACACUAUAGAGAAAAACUUUUGAAAAGAUUUAUGUACGUUGUAAUUAUGCAUACAUAUAUUUGUAAAGUCCAUGGAUAUGUUUUUCGGGACCACUGUUCAAAUUAGGUAUGCAUUUUGGGCAGGUUUGGCUGGAGUGUUCUGUUCCCGAUGCCCCUUCCUGGACUCUUGUUCGGUUGCCAACCCUGCGCCGUCACACUUGCCACCUCCCCAACCCUAUUUGGUCACAGGAUGAGUGUUUCCCGAUUUUAGCACGUCAAUAAAAGAUUCACCACGGAGACAACAUCUUAACCUCCCCAAAGAUUCUUUUCACUGUGCUUCCCCUGUGACCACUGACCUCGGAGUCUGAGCUCUGACCUGUUUAUGUUGAUGAGAAUGUAAACACAUGUAAACACCCCAUCCCCACCCCCACCC